AUGAAGGAAAUUCAUGUGGGUUUGGGGAGCUUGGAAAUAAAGAUGGGAGUCUUUGUUCAUAAGAAGAAGAAGAACUCGGAUGAGGUUGUCAAAUGUGGCAAAUCUUCAGGAGACCAAUGUUUAACUAAGGCACUCUUGCUUCUUGUUUCAGGUUCUUCUGAGUCAAUUUUGUCCCUUUCAGAGCCUACGGAUAUCAAAAACUGGUUUUCAAGUUAUGUGUACGAGUCUUCUUCACUGGAUGCUUCUGAUGGUAUUGGAGAUUCUCUCAAUGAACAAAGUAAAUGCAAGAAGGAUGGGGUUUUGGUUGAAAGCAGUAAGAGACAAAAUGGAGAGGAAUUGAGGAAGUUAAGAAUAAAGAGAAGUGUCAGUAAAGAGGCUGUAGGUGAGAAGGAACAGUCAAGAGGGCUUCCAAUUUGUGACAGCUCUUGGAGAGUCACUAAGCAGGCAAGGCAGCCUGUAAGUGAGGUUCCAGGGCCUUUGGAUUGUCAUCACAUUUGUCAGGUUUGCAUAUGUUACUCUUGAAGCUCUUUUUUUUUUUUCCAAAAUAUAUGGCUGCUGAGAGAAUAUAUAUAUAUAUAUAUAUAUAUAUAUAUAUAUAUGUAUAUGUAUAUGUUAGCAAUCUAUCGACACAAAUUUGUACAUUAGAAGCGAGUCUUUAAAUUAUAUAUUUGUGCCUCUUAAUCUUGCAGAGCCUACUGACAUCCGAAACUGGUUUUCAAGCUAUGUUUAUGACUCUCUGUCUUUGGAUACAACUGAUGGUUUUGGAGAUUUUGUUUGUAGACAUAGAAUAGAUGAGAAGGAUGAAGUUUUGGUUGAAACUAGCAACCGAGAGAAGAGAGUGUGUUUGAAGGGUUUUAGUAAAAUAGAAAGUGAUAGUGAAGCGGAUAAUGUUGAGAAGAUACAGUCAGAAGAGCAGGACAAGCCUCCUGUAAGUGUGGUAGCCUUUCUUCCCUUUUGAGAUCCCUUCUCUCGUUUUUUUUUUCAAUCAGUCUAUCUUCUGGCUGAAUCUAUUAUUAAGUUGUCCUGUUCAAAUUACUUAUUUCAAAAAUGCCAAUAACAUAUUGACUCAACCACUGGCAUAGAUGAGAAUCUAUUUGGUGAGAAUGAUUUGUGUCUCGAAUAUGGGCCUAAAACAGUGCAAAGCAAUAAUAUUAGUCGAGCAAAACAUGGUGAUACAUCAAGCUUCGACAAAGGGCAUCCUCAAUGCAAGUAACAUCAAGAGAUUUUCCAUGGAACCAGAUUUAAGUCAUCGAGUAACCAGAGACGUUCGUGCAGUGAUGAUGGAAAAUGUCCAGAAAACUUGAUUCACUGUAAGGGUUGCACUCUACAAGAGAGCUCAGAAGCAAAGAUCAAUGCAAAAGAUUGUUUACUACUCGCAACCAAUCAGAAGUUAAUUCCAGUAAAUGAAGCAUCAGUAAGCAACUCAGCUCAUGGAAGCAAAGAAAUAACAUAUGAUGGAAAAAGAAUAUCAGAAGAUGGUUUCAUUACAACAAGGAAACCCAAAUUUACUGCAAAAAUGAUGAGAACUCUUCAAAAGGACCACCAAAGAGAAAUAAAGGAACAGUUACAUUAGCAGGAAAUGAUGCUGUUAUUGAAAGAAUUUUCUUGGCGGACACAACAAAUUUUCAUCAUUCUCCGGCACCAUUGAUCACUGGGAAAUGGAAGUGUCCUCAGCAAUGUAAGCCAAAUUUGGGACCUCCUUUGAAGCAGCUUGGACUUGAGCACUGGUUUCGGAAGUCGUGAAGACUGAAACCUAAAUUGGACAGUAAGA